GCAGAGCCGCCACACCUCUCCCACCAUCCGGGGGUCCCCCAUCUGCCCCUGAAGGCUAACGGUUGUGCGUGUAAUCGAACGCGGCCCAGAGGUGAGACUCCUAUCUGUGACCUAUGGGCCUCUGGGGAGGCAUUGUAAGUCUGCCCAGCUUCCCACUUACUGUGUUUGCACUCAAUGGGAAGGGAUCCAAAGUACCAGGCGGAGUGGGUCCAGACAUUGACACGGAAUCUGAGCGGGCAUAGUAGGCUUUGUCCAGCUAUCAGCCACAAAGUCCAAUCAGUACAAGGAUGGAAGUCAAAGGUCAGCUGAUCAGCUCUCCUACCUUCAAUGCCCCAGCUGCCCUGUUUGGAGAGGCUGCCCCCCAGGUGAAGUCAGAACGUCUCCGAGGGCUGCUUGACCGCCAGAGGGCCCUCCAAGAGGCCCUGAACCUGAAACUUCAAGAGCUCAGGAAAGUGUGCCUGCAGGAGGCGGAGCUAACUGGUCAGCUGCCCCCUGAAUGCCCGUUGGAGCCUGGUGAACGGCCUCAGUUGGUACGCCGGAGACCCCCUGCAGCACUUGCCUACCCUCCACUGCACGCAAACCCAGCACACCACUCCUUGUGUCCUGCUGAGGAACUGGCUCUUGAGGCCCUGGAGCGUGAAGUGUCAGUACAGCAACAGAUUGCAGCUGCAGCUCGCCGCCUGGCCCUGGCCCCUGACCUCAGCGGAGAACAGAGACGGCGCAGGCGCCAGGUACAGGUUGAUGCACUGCGAAGGCUGCAUGAGCUGGAGGAGCAGCUCAGGGACUUCCGGGCCCGUCUUGGCCUCCCAGUGCUCCAGCCACUGCCACUGUCUGAAGGAGCACUAGUCAAUGCCCAGGGUGUCUGCCUGGGUACACGCCUUGCUCAGCUCAGCCAAGAGGAUGUAGUUCUGCACUCGGAGAGCAGCUCCCUCUCAGAGUCAGGGGCCAGCCAUGAUAACGAGGAUCCUCAUAGCUGCUUCCCUGUACCCGAGCGCCCCUCACCACCAAAGGCCUGGGACCAGUUUCGGGCAGUAUCUGGGGGAAGCCCUGAACGGCGAGCCCCAUGGAAACCUCCCCCAUCUGAUAUUUAUGGGGACCUGAAGAGCCGACGCAACUCUGUGGCCAGCCCUACCAGCCCCACACGCUCGCUGCCCAGGAGUGCCUCCAGUUUUGAGGGGCGAAGUGUGCCUGCCACCCCUGUCCUCACCCGGGGCACUGGCCCCCGGCUCUGCAAACCAGAAGGCCUCCAUUCUCGCCAGUGGUCCGGUAGUCAGGACUCCCAGAUGGGCUUUCCUCGGCCUGACUCUGCUUCGGAUCGGGCCUCCCUCUUCGCAGCUCGCACCCGCCGCAGUAAUAGCUCUGAGGCCCUGCUUGUGGACCGGGCAGCUGCUGGAGGAGCUGGGUCUCCACCUGCUCCCCUGGCUCCCCCUGCUGCUGGUCCCCCAGUUUGCAAGAGCAGUGAGGUGCUAUAUGAGCGCCCCCAACCAGUCCCUUCCUUCUCUUCCCGCACCGCUGGGCCCCCAGACCCUCCUCGGGCUGCCAGGCCUAGCUCAGCUGCCCCUGCAUCCCGUGGGCACCCCCGACUCCCACCUGUGUGUGGAGACUUCCUCUUGGACUAUUCAUUGGACCGGGGCUUGCCCCGCAGUGCUGGUGGGGCAGGUUGGGGGGAGCUGCUGCCUGCUCCUGAAGUCCCAGGACCCCUUUCCCGCAGAGAUGGGCUCCUUGCCAUGCUCCCAGGUCCUCCACCCAUAUAUGUAGCUGACAGCAGUAGCCCCCUCCUCCGCAGCAAGGACCCCAACACCCGUGCCAUCCGUUCCAAACCCUGUGGCCUGCCCCCAGAAGCUGUGGAGGGUCUGGAAGUGCAUCCAAACCCAUUACUCUGGAUGCCCCCACCCACCCGGAUACCUCCAACUGGUGAGCGAGGUGGCCACAAGAACCUUGCCCUGGAGGGGCUGCGGGACUGGUACAUCCGAAAUUCAGGACUGGCCGUGGGACCCCAGCGCCGGCCAAUGCUCCCGCACAUGGGCCCAACACAUGCACCCUUCCUCCAUGCCCGCUGCUAUGAGGUGGGCCAGACACUGUACGGCCCUCCCAGCCAGGCACCGCUCCCGCACUCGAGGAGUUUCACAGCACCUCCUGUCUCCGGCAGAUACUACACGGAUUUCCUGUAUCCCCCGGAGCUGAGCGCUCGGUUAAGUGACCUGACACUAGAGGGGGAGCAGUCUUCCAGUUCCGAUCCCCAGACCCCAGGGACACUGGUCUGACCCUAAAGGCCCUUUGUUGGUCUGGACACACUCCCGUCUGGGGAGCACACAGUCGACCUCGCUGAGCCCUGGGAUAUGGUUGCUCUUGGUCCUGAUCUCACAGGGGCCCUGGCUUCUCUUUGGCCCAGGAAGAUGUCUGGUAUUCCCUGCUCUCUUCUCAUCCUGUGCUGGGGAACUGGAGGGCCCCAGCUAGCUUCAAAGAGGGGUACAAAAUGGUGUGGGGACUCUGCCCCUUCCUCCAUUUCUGUUUACAGUUGUGAUUUAGUAUUCACUGUUUUUGCCCAACACUAGGUGUUUUAUAAAAGGGAAACUGUGAGCUCAUUCCUGGUUGGGUUCAUUCCUAUCCCCAUGCCCAACCUGUUCCAUUCUGGAGCCACCACCCUGCUUCAGCAAAAUGGACCAUAUAGAGUCUCGGGGCUGGGAGCCUGCUGUGAAUAGAACUCCCUGUCUUCUCCCACUAGAGUUCUUGGACAGAUGGGCUUCUGUCCACAUUUGGAAGGAUGAAAGUCUAGGUGGGGUACCUUGAAGGAGCUAUUGUCUCUGCCCAUGGCCUCUGUGAUGACCUUCCCCAACUAGGAGGCCAUACAAGAGGUUGUCAAGAAGCAGAGCCAUUUGAGUAUGUCACAUCCUGGGAUGCUGCAGUGGUUAAACCCGGCAACUGGUAGAUGCCAGUAAAACCCUCAGGUGACAUCUGGCCAUGGGCUGCAGGCCACAUCAUGUCCUCCCUGGCAUUCCUUCUACUUACCAGUUUUUAAACAAAUCCACAUAAGCUGUGUUUUCUAUAUUGUCUGUGACUUUCUGGAGCUGGGGGUUCCCCUACCCCAUUUACCUAGUGUUAAUUUUUUUUUCUUUUUGUACCAAUGGAUCUGGGCCCAAGACACUACUCACACUGGAAGGGGAUUUCUAUAAUAAAUGUAUAAACUCAA